AUGGUGGCCGUGUAUGCGGUGGUCGGCGCGUUCAUGUUUCAAGCGAUCGAAUACCCCAAGGAAAUGGAGUUUCAGGGACACAUCAAAAACGACACUUGGAAUGUGGUACACGAGCUGUACGACUUCAUCAAUAACAGCACAGUGAUCGAGGAGGCCGAAGUGAAGACAAAAGCACAUCGCCUUCUCAAACACUAUGAAAAAUUGCUGGUUGAGGCCGUCAAUUUCGAAGGUUACGACGAACAUGACGACCUUCGGCCAACUUACCAAUGGACCUUCUCGGGAGCGUUGCUCUAUUCAAUCACGGUUUUCACCACGAUAGGAUAUGGUCAUAUUUGUCCGAAAACGGACAUUGGUCGUCUGAUGACGAUCCUUUAUGCUAUGGUCGGUAUCCCAUUAAUGCUUUUGUGUUUAGCGAAUAUUGCAGAAACAUUAGCACAGAUUUUCACCUACAUCUACUUCAAACUCUGCUGUGCCUAUUGUCGUUGGCAACAAAAACGACGGCGAAUCCGUCGUGCAGCCUUGUCAUUCCGGUACCACCCGAAUGCGAAUGUGAAUAGUAUCCGACGAGCGCAAUCUGGUCGAUCAGCUCAACGUUAUACGACAGUACGACGGCAUCCCUCAUUGAACAGAAGUCGUGGACGAUACGCAGACACGAAAAGUGUGCGAAGUUUUGGUCGAGUUCAAGAGGGGUAA